UAUCUUGGCCCCCCGUAACUUCGAUAAACAUGCAAAUUAGCCGCGAACACAGCUGCAAGCCAUACCACUUUAGCAUCCAAAUCUUUGAGCCAGUGUCAAAAUGUGCGGCAAUCCGAACACCCGACUGCUCUCGCGGCUUAUCAUAGACUUUCUGCUGCUGCUGUGUGUCUACUGCGUCGCGCUAGUGGUGCUGCCGCAGCAGCUGGUGACAGUCCAUCGCGGAUUCCACUGCAGUGAUGCCAGCCUACGGUAUCCGUAUCGCCAGCCCUGGCUGACCAAGGUGCACCUGACCAUGGCGGUGGUGGCGCUGCCAGCAGCUUUCAUUCUCGUCGUGGAGUUGCUGAGAGCUGCCUUUGUGCCCAGCUCUGCAGAGCUGAAGCAGCGAUUUGUCUUCGUCGGAACACGCAUUCCAAGUUUUAUCAGCGAGUGCUACAAGAUCAUUGGCGUUUAUCUGUUCGGAUUGGGCCUGGCACUGUUGGUCAUCAGAGUCACCAAGUUCUCGACUGGCCGCCUGCGUCCGUAUUUCUUUGAUGUGUGUCAGCCCAGCUGGGGUGAGGCUGAAGCCAAGGAGAGCUGCGAGUUGCUCUCGCCGCGCAAUGCUUCCCGCUACAUCGAUGAUUACAGCUGCACCGAGUUUGCUGCUUCGCUGGAGCUGCUCGCACUGGUGCGUCACUCGUUUCCCAGCGGCUUUGUGGCCACCACAAGCUACGCCAUGUGCUUCCUAGUCUACUAUGCUCAGGCUCGACUUUUUGCGCCCUGGCUGCGAGUGCUGCGUUCAACGCUGCAGCUGGCCUGCGGUGCGAUGGCCAUGCUAGUGUGUCUGGAGCGCAUCUCCACCUACCAAAACCAUUUGUCGGAUGUAGCCGCUGGCUUGGCUUUGGGCGUUCUGCUGGCCUCAUUCAUGGCUGUCUUUGUGGCGCAUCUGUUCAGGCAGGUGCGAGUUAAGCGCCGCCAGUGGCCAAGAAAUGAGCAGAUCUACGGCUAUGCGGGCUACUAUAAUCGGGCCACAUAUGGCUAUUAAAUGUCAAAUAGUUCAGUUACAAACGACUCGAGUCAAUAAAUUAAGCUAUCAGUUAUGCUA